AUGUACUUCCUGUCACAAGAUUACCAGCUGACACUCCAGGCAGUCUGGAGUACAUACAAGGGUCACACAGAGCAAGACCACAUCCGAGUUCACAAUAUAUAUGGCCCUGUUGUCCGAAUUGCUCCAAACGAGCUCUCCUUUGCAUCUCCGAGCGCAGCACGAGAGAUUCUGGCUGCUGGUAAAGGGUUUCACAAGACCGACUUCUACAGGGUUUUCCCACCUCCGGAGAAUCCAGAUAUCUUUACUGAAGUCAACGAACGUGCACACGCCCAGAAAAAGCGUAUGGCAACCGUGGCAUACAGCCUCGCCUCAAUGCAACGCCUCGUCCCACGACUUGACCAAGCUGAGCGGAUCCUGACCGAUAAGCUUGAUGAAUUUGCUUCGUCAGGUCAGGUUUGUGAUUUGGGUCAAUGGCUACAUUUCUUUGCAUUCGAUGUCCUGGGGCAGGUGGCGUUUUCGAAGCCGUUUGGAUUUCUCACCCAAGGAAAGGAUGUUGAUAAUACGAUCCAAACCAUCGACAAUUCGCAGACCUACAAUGGUAUUGUUGGUCAGGUCCCGUGGAUUGACUAUUUACUGCGGCGCAACCCACUCUGGAAAUAUGUUCCCUUCCUGGCAACGAAAAAUGCUCUUGUUACCAGGAUAGCUUUGCGUGAACUCGAGGAGAGAAAGGUCGAAGCAGCGGAGACAAUUUACGUCGAUAUCCUGGGCCAAUUGAUGCAAGCGCAAAACAGAGAACAUAAUACAUUAAGCGAAGGAGAUGUGUUUGCUAUCGCUCACGGAGCAAUAUUUGCAGGAGCCGAUUCCACUUCUUCAACGAUGCAGACUUUCCUUUGGCAUGUUUUGGCUAAUCCAAGCAUACAUCAGCGACUUGUCUCUGAAAUUGAAUCCGUCAAUUCAACCGGCUUGCUGAGCGAAAUGAUCACUUUUGGGGAAGCGACCACUAAGCUCCCGUAUUUUCAAGCGUGUCUGAAAGAAGCCAUGCGGAUUGGGCCUGCUGUCGGCCUCAAUAUCACAAGAUUUGUUCCUAGCCCUCACGGAAAAGUCGAUGGGCACGUAUUAAGAGGCGGCACAAGGGUUGCCUUGAACGCCUGGGUUCUCCAUCGUGACAGGGAAACCUUCGGAGAGGAUGCAGACAAAUAUGUGCCCGAAAGAUGGAUCUUGAACGAGCAAGACGACAAGAACAAAGAGCGAUUGACAAUUAUGGAGAGAUGCAUGUUCCAAUUUGGCGGUGGCUCGCACCUUUGCAUCGGACGCCAUCUGGCCUUACUGGAGAUGAACAAGCUACUCCCUCAGCUGUUACGGAGAUACAAGUUUCAAUUGGUCAACCCAGAAAAACCUCUGGAUCAUCAUUCCUCCUUUUUCGUGGUACAGAAGGGGUUGCUGGUGAAUAUCAAGAAGAGAUAA